AUGUAUAGCCAUGUACAGCCAUGUAUUACCAUGUAUUACUAUGUAUUACCAUGUAUCGCCAUGUAUUACCAUGAAUACCCAUGUAUAGCCAUGUAUUACCAUGUAUACCCAUGUAUAGCCAUGUACACCCAUGUAUAGCCUUGUAUUGCCAUGUAUAGCCAUGUAUAGCCAUGUAAUACCAUUUAAAGCCAUGUAUAGCCAUGUAUAGCCAUGUAUUACUAUGUAUUACCAUGUAUCGCCAUCUAUUACCAUGUAUAGCCAUGUAUAGCUAUGUAUUACCAUGUAUUACCAUGUAUUGCCAUGUAUAGCCAUGUACAGCAAUGUCUAGCCAUGUAAUGCCAUGUAUUGCCAUGUAUUACCAUGUAUUACCAUGUAUAGCCAUGUAUAGCCAUGUAUUACUAUGUAUUCCUAUGUAUUACCAUGUAUCGCCAUGUAUUACCACGUAAAGCAAUGUAUAGCCAUGUAUACCCAUUUAAUGCCAUGUAUAGCCAUGUAUCGCCAUGUAUUCGCCAUGUAUUACUAUGUAUUACCAUGUAUCGCCAUGUAUUACCAUGUAUAGCCAUGUAUACCCAUGUAAUGCCAUAUAUUACUAUGUAUACCUAUGUAUAGCAAUGUAUAGCGAUGUGUUACUAUGUAUUGCCAUGUAUAGCCAUGUGUUACCAUGUAUUGCCAUGUAUUACCAUGUAUAGCCAUGUAUACCCAUGUAAUGCCAUGUAUUGCCAUGUAUUACCAGGUAUAGCCAUGUAUAGCCAUGUAAUGCCAUGUAUAGCCAUGUAUAGCCAUAUA